AUGUCUGGUACCUUUGGCCCAUCAGCGGCGCCGAGCACAUCCACGGCAUCUCUGUUGGAAAACAUUAGUGCGACAGUCUCCGCCGCGACAACCCGGAACACCUACCUCCCAACGUCGCCGCGCGACAUACUCUCAUUUCCCCUUCGCGCACUACACCACGCUGAAACUUUUGCAUUUAGCACGGUUCCUCGACACAUCGGACGAUUAGCUGGCAUCGAAGAUAUGAGUCUUAAUCUCUGGCCUGUCACAACUAGUGCAGAAGCCGCUUUGGCAAGCGAUGCGGUGGCAGUAGCACAGGCCGCUGCGGAUAUGGCGGGCGAGGGUGCUGCCCAGGCUGUGGCACAGGGGGACAGCUGGUAUUUGACUGAACUUAUGCAUACGAUGCGCAAAGUCGGUGGUUUCUUCGGAUAUUUGACAAGCGUCUGGUCGUUUGCUUGCCUGGUGGAGGCUUUGAUUUUGAAUCGCAUCACUAUCUACGCAUCCACAAGGCGACAUCUGCGACUAGGCUGGGAGAGGCGAUUGGCACUACGCAUCAUCCCAAUAAUGCUGUUCGGUUAUCAAAUACUAUCCCUCUUACGCGCGAUCAAGUGUCAAACAUCCCCAGACUACUCUUCAAUGCGAUAUGGAAAGCCAGGAAAGCCAAUGAUAUUCGAUUACGCUAGUAGCGGAGGCUCCCUCCACUCUUUGGUCUCAACUCUUUUGCCCUGGGAAUCUGAUCUGCAGGCCUGCAGUACCGUGAAGAUGGGACUGAUAGGAGGUAGCACCAGUAUCCCUUACGGUUCUUUCUCUCUCCUAUGGCCCAUAUUUGUGAUAUUCUGCGUGGGACACUUUGUUGAAACUCUUUCCUGCGCGUUACAGGGCAGACCUGUCAUGACAGAGACGGGCAUGUCUAUCUUCGAACUUUCCCUCGCUUUUUCCGAGGCUGAAAACAUGAUAGGAAGAUCGAUCGGGUUGGGAUUAUUUGGUCUUCCGAAGAAAAGUCCAUUGGAUGAUGCCAACUCUGGUGAUAAUUCACCUCUCCAUCUUUUGACGAGGGCACAAGUCUUGGAACGCAUGAAUGUCACCCCAGAGCUCUUGCUUAUCGUGCUUAUCUCAUGUUGCAACAACCUGACCUCGCAUCUUCUUGAUGUAUUUGGAAAACAGAGUCGAUAUCGUCUUUUCAACACUGCGCUAUGGGGUACCUGCUUCAUGGCAGCCAUGUCUUGGGGUCUGGAGAGUGGUCCACCCGUCAGUCUUGAGACAGGCGUUCUCAAAUUCCCGACUGUCUGCAUUGUUGGCUUUAUUCCUCAUCUCCUGGUAUUUCUCGGUAUACUCAUAUGCCUUGCGAUCUAUGGAUUGGCUGUAACAAUCACUGCCUUUUCACUAUCUUCCGAGGACGGUUCACCAAUCUCCCUCCGGGAACGAUUCGUGAUGGCCCACGAAAAUAUGCAAGGAUCUAACCAGAUCCGCGGCAUUCGCAUAAAUAGACAUGAAGAUUUCUACACGACCUUGCUGCGUAUUGGCUAUGUUGCAUUGACGGCUGCUAGUGAAGCGGUAUUCUUGAACGAAGGCAAAGCAGUGAUUGCAAGACAAAUGACUUGGUUGGAGCAAGACCGCAUUGCCGAGAUCGAGGCCUCCAGAAAGAGAAACUCGCCAUAUGAAAACUGGACACAUCUGGCUGAUAGCUCUUCUUUUGCGACUGCGGGAAUUUCCGGCUUUGAUAUACCAGACCGGCCUGGGGAAUGGGAAAGUGGAUACAACAAGGAAAAGAAGAUUGAAAAGUCUAAAAAUGGAGCAAGAUCGAUGCGACCUCAAGGAGGUGUUGGCGCAGCACGAGCAUCGAUCAGAAUGUGGCAUGGAUUGACUUAUUUCCGAUCCAUCUUUUCGCUUAUUGUACGAUGGCUUGCGUGCGGAUUUAGUCUAGUCCUUGACCGUGUAGGAAUCAAAGCUCGGCCACAAUGGCUGAAACGGCUAUCUGGAUCUCGCGAAGCUCGGCCAUCUGGAAACCCAUCCUCACCAGGAAGCUUGGACUUUUGGAUUUUGACCGAUGAAGGUGAACUUGAACUGCCCGAAAACCACGAUUUUGAUCUUGAGGUGGAAAUGAGAAAGCGAGAGAGUUAUGCUAGGCAAGGAUCGGAGGGACCGGAUGAACAACGUCGAUUUGACGAGAGGCUAUAUGGUUGGUGGAAGGUUGGUGGUUCUUGGGGCAAUCAAGAUCACACUCCUGAUUAUAUACCGUCUGUGGAAGACGAUGAUGUGACAAGUGUGAUAUCGAUGUCCACCAAUGCCUCCCAGUCCGACUGGGAAGACUAUAUAUCAGAUGGUCGUCGCACGCCCACUCAAAUAAACCCCUUUCCCAGCUUCGAAAAAGACAGUUCGCCCAUGCACGACAAUUUCAUGGAUAUCAGUACCCUUGCCCGCCUGCUUGAUCCUCGCGAUCGAGAAACUCGCGAAGAAGCACGCAUUCUUGCCGCACAUCUCAACUCCGGUCUCAAUUCCAGACAAAGUUCUGAUCGCAUCAUGACUCGUAGCCGAUACAAACAACAAGUUGAAAGGGAGAGAUCCCGUGUUCUUCUGUCAUCUCGGCUGCACCGCCAUGCUGUAACCCGAUCUGAUCCCGACAAGCGUAAACUUUCUCCAGAAGAAGAAGCCGAGGUACUAGAACAUCUAAUUCUCUCUCGCCGUGCUGUGCCCUCGCCUGAUUCUGAUUCCAGCACUUGGGAAUCUGGCGCAACAGGCCUGGGGCCAAAUGGACCACCCUGCGUCGUCUGUCAAACCAGCCCUCGGUCAAUCAUCACCUGGCCUUGUCGAUGCCUGUGUAUUUGCGAGGAGUGUCGCGUUAGCCUAGCCAUGAACAACUACGGCAGCUGCGUGACUUGUCGCCAAGAGGUCGGUGGCUUCAUGCGUCUAUGGGUUCCAUAA